AUGGACAUCUGGUUAAACAUGGUCAUCAUCAUUCUCAUGAUCGCCAUCGUCGGGACCCUGCUUGUCGAAUUAUCUUGGCCGCUAAUCCGACGGUUUCACGUCGCCGACAAAGGACGAGGACUGACCGGCAUCCGGAACGCGACAUGCCAGGUGCUCCGAAUCAUUCUAUCCUACUUCUUGCUGCCUCUAGUCGCUAUAUCGUCGUAUCAGUUCGACUUUGCCAGGAUACUACCAGCGUAUCAUUCUACCCUCGCUGCCGGCUCCAUAUUCGUGCUUUUGAUCGCAUUUGCCUGGCUCUGGCGGCAGCUGUCAACGCCCACUCUAGGGAUCCUGAUCCUUCGCUCCAAUACUCGUGAUCGGAGCGCAAGCCCAAGAAAGAAGGAGGGUGCCUUUGUUUGGGUAUAUUUUUUGCUUGUAAUUGCUCGAGGCAUAUCGAUUGGCGCUCUCCAAAUAUCUGGGACUUCACAAAUCGUGACCUUGGCCAUAUACGAGAUCAUCUUUCUGGGCUGUGUUGGAAUCUGGCCGGAGUUGUCUGGCCCACUGCCUAUUGUCUGUGCCGUUGCUCGACUCACUACUAUUGCUCUGAUGACUACGUUCGUACCCGGAGUCGCUACAUACACAGGGCAGACCAUAGUUGGUUAUGUUUUGCUCGGGCUGCACGCCAUGGUCAUGAUAAUGGUCUUCUGGCUCCCGACUACUUGUCGGGUGCUGAUGUGCUUUCUACCCUGUAACAGGACGGAACAACCGCCGGUUUACGGUCUUCGUGAGCUUCGGCAACGAAUACUGUCGCCGGACUCCUCGGCAACAUAUUUCAAUGCCGUCAGGACUCAAGAUACGCCCGACGUAGCUCCCUCAACAGGGAACCCCUGGUCAGAGAAAGAAGCGCAGAGAGUUAAGGAGAGCCAGAACACUGCCACAUCACGAUUUUAUCGCCCUCCCAAGUCUACCCGGCUUCAUAAGCCAGACUCUCUUGCAUCCAUUACUGAUGCAUCAAACUCCAAACCUGACUGCAGACAUCUGACGGAGGACUUGCUUCCCUUGCACGCCGGUCUAUACUCUGUGGAAUCAGCUAGGGAUGCCAACAGCAACAUGUCCUCUUGGAUCUCUGGUACUGAAUCGGAGCCCUCAGAGCCAUCCGAAACAUCCUCCCAGAGCCUACGAGGACCUCGAUGGAAUGAUUACACCUUUCGAGAAUCUGAUCUUGUCUUCGGUACACCCCAACCUCCGCACCAGGACAUUGAUGCUCCGUCAGAAGAUCUUGAUAGAUACACGGGGAUAUUUUCCGCUCAGUAUCUGUGGCGUCGACUUUUUAAAAGAAAGACACCGACGGAGAAGGGAUUUCAGGUAGUAAGGCCGGCUGCUCCUCCCAUCUAUCCCGAUAGUCUCCCGCUGGUGGCAGAGAGAUAG